ACUCAAACGCGCGUCGCGAAUUGCAAUCAUCCGCGAAAACACAGAUUUUUCGCCCAAAGCACAUAAAGUUUUCAUUAAUUAUUGUAAUAAGAUUUUUAUUCACAAAACCGCAAUUUUUUUAAGUUGCUCCCACGAUUACACCCGCAUUUACAAGUAGCACACGUCGUGUUGUUUUUUCAUUCGUGCUAUUUUAUUAUUUUGUUAUUAAUUAUAUUAUCAUUUCACAUUUGUUAGCAUUGUGUCGUAUUUGUGUUACCUAUGUAUAUGUAAGCAAGCAGCUGGCCAGAUCUGCGCUCUGCUUGUUAUACCGUUAAAGGCAAUUCAUCAAGAAUUAGUCAAUGGACUGUCAACUGAAAAGUUCAUCGCGACCUUAUACGCAGGUUUAUAGCUCGAAGGAGCGUAUGCCAAAAGAUACACUAUCAUCGUUAAAAAUAUAAUGUAAUACAGCUCGACUAGCCACCAAACCGCCAGUCGUUGAAUCAUUGAUUAAAAUACAAAUAUAAAAUGCAGCAGCAACUGCCGAGGAACUUAAACUUCGCCAAAGUCGGUACAGCGUUUUUGUACGCGGCCGCAUCGACGUUGAUCACGAUCGUUAAUAAGUCCGUGUUGACCGGUUACGGGUUCCCAUCAUACCGGUUUCUGGCCGCGUCCCAGAUGCUUGUCACGGCCACCAUGCUGUACGCGGCCAAGCUGCUGGGCCGGGUAACGUUCCCGGACAUCGAUGGACGCACGUUCGUCGACGUGUUUCCGAUGCCGCUGAUCCAUCUGGGCAACGCGGUACUGGGCCUGGCCGGCACCAAGGAGCUGAGCUUGCCCACGUUUACUGUGCUCAGGCGUCUGGCCAUACCGAUGACCAUGUCGGGCGAAUACUACUUUCUGGGCGUCGUGGCCGAUCCGCUCGUCAAACUUUCCGUGGCCAUGAUGGUGGCCGGCGCUGCCAUAGUCGCGGUCGGCGACGACAUCGAGUUGAACAUAAGCAUGUACGCAUUUGUGUUGUUCAACGAUCUGCUGACGGCCGCCAACGGCGUGUUCACCAAGAGAAAACUGAACGACAAUAGGCAAAUGGGCAAUCUCGGGCUUAUGUACUAUUCGUCCCUGUUCAUGAUUCCGCCCCUUCUGAUAUACUCGUAUUUUUCGAACGAUCUAGACGACGUGUACAGAUUCAAGUAUUGGUCGCAUCCGUCGUUUUUAAUUCAAAUGUUCGUUUCUUCUAUAAUGGGCUUCGUGUUAAAUUACAGUACAAUACUGUGCAUUCAAUACAAUUCAGCCCUAACGACGACAAUAAUCGGAUGUCUUAAAAAUAUAUUUGUCACUUAUGCAGGCAUGUUUGUUGGUGGUGAUUAUGUGUACACGUUCUAUAAUUUUAUUGGUAUUCAUAUCAGUAUUAUUGGUAGUCUAUUUUACACCUAUGUGAUAUUGUAACGCACUCACGUUUAGAUAACCUAAAAACCUGAUGAGACAAAACAUUAAGUACCUACUAUUAAAAAUGUAUGUAUAGACUUGUCAUUGUUAUAUUUAUUGGAUUUUUGUAUCGAAUAUCGAUUAUAUAAUAAUCCUAAUAACC